AUGGUUGGACUAAAGCCUACAGAUCUCCCUCCUACUGCCAUGGUUAAAUUUAUUGGGGCUGGCACUGCGGCCUGUAUCGCUGACCUAUUCACUUUCCCACUGGACACCGCCAAAGUCAGACUACAGGUAUGAGGGCUAUUGGGCGGAUCCACCUGAUCUUAAUACAAAAUGUGGAGAGGGAUAAUUAAAGCAAUAUUAUAAAUACUGGUUACUGGGAAACAGAUGUGUGUGACGUUGAAAUUAGUAUGACAUUCAUAGAAGCCAAGAUUUCAAAGUGCCAUUAGCAAGAUAGCAUUUGCUGUAUUAACACGUCAUUUUCCAUUAUUUUUUUAAUGAUCUGUGUAUAAUACAAUUAAACAUAAAUUAAAGCGAGAGUGUGUAAAAACAAAUAAAUACGGUGGAUUGAAUGUAUAGGCUGCUCAGUAUAUAAAUAGCUGUGAAGAAUAUUAAAGGGACAGUCAAAAGCAAUAAAAUAUUAUGUAACAAAACGUUAGACGUUAGUCUUCACGAUAUCCUACAACUAAUCCCAAAACCAGAUAGAUCAAAAACGUAUCUAAUGUGUAACUGGACCCAAAAUUUACUGAGUGUGAAAUGAAAAAAAAAAAAUCACAUAUAGGCAAUAAGCAAUGUGGGACGAAAAAAAAGAGAAACACAAUAAUAUUGAAGAGUCUAAUAACGCAUAUCGAAUUAAUAAAAGCUGUACACUGUAUACUACUAUCAUCCCACGUACUACUAUUAAACAUUUAAAAACACCUAUAACUUGCGUUAACCUUUUUUCUUGUGAUAGUGUGUUUUCCUUUAAAUUUAUACUAAAAGUCUAACAAUUGGCAUUGCAAUCGAGUUAAGUCCAGGCGCACAUUGCAAAUGAGGAUAAAUAACAGACAUAAACCAGGAAUAUUUACUAAACAGAGAAUUGUCACAAAUUCAAAGUGAAUGUCAAAUUUAAGGCGGAGGUCACUGAAUUGGGAGCAGAACUGAUUUGGAGAAUGUUUCCGGUUCCGCUACUUUAAACCUAAAUUUUAAAUUCACUUUGAAUUCCAGACAUUCUCGAUUUAGUAAAGAACAAGAAAUGUGUCUGUUUCUCCAUAACAAUGAUUGACGGAGAGUCAAGGUGGAGGCACUGAAUUCCAGGACAGAAGGAAAUCCAGAGGUGGCGGGUCCUACAUAUAAUUUCAUUUUUUAGACUUAACAAACACAUAUUUCUUAAAUACAGGUUAUAAAGUGAAUGUGAAAUAAGGUGAAUAAAAAUGUGAAUAUUAAACAUUAACAUAAAAAUAGAUUUCAACAUUCUAGAAUUUUGGUCAUUCUCAUCACACCUUAGCAUCAAUUACACUACCAGACCUUGCUGAGCCAUUUCAAAGAUCUCAAGAGCCUUCUCCAAAGGAAAGCGGUGGUAACCAAUGGAGCGACAUUCACUCCCUUGGAUGACAGCAUAGAAACAGUGAUUGGCCACGUAUUGUAUCUUCUAACGCCUCUGAUAUCUACUUCUCGCACAACUGCUCUUGCAAUUGGCACAUUUACCAUUGCAGGACCGAGACCAACAAGAACUGAAGUCCUGCCAAAGGGUGUUGUAUAAAUUGCGGCUUGAAUAAGUUUGUUCCUCUAUGCACUCAAUUGUAAUCUCUGGCAUGCAACCUAUCAAGGCUUCACUUUCUGUGCUAUCUCUCGGGGUCAAAUCGUUGGUGACUUAUAGAUCAAAAUCUGCCCCAACUACUCUGGCCUUCUCCAGUCGGGUGGAAGAUAAAUUAUUUGUCACUACCCAUAAAUUUUGCUACAAGAAGAGAUACCAGUCCGAUAGGCCCUGCACCACAGAUGAAGACUGUGCUACCAAGAGUAAUUCCAGCUCUUCUGCAGGUUUAAUAAGUACACCUUCUUCAAAUGUGACAUGUCAGGAAGCUUGUAGCAGUAGUUGGAAUUGUGCGUGUAAUUUUGAAAAAGCCUUUAUACAGGUGAAAUGUGUUAGUGUGUUAUUAAUAUUUUAAGCUACUUUUUAAUGUUAUCAUUUUUUUUUAUUAAUAAAACUGGCUUUUUAUUAAUUUCUGGACCUUCUUAUCUGCAUCCUUGAGGAUUUUAACUGGAGGACUCCAUAUUCCUUGGUGGGGAACAUACCACCUAUGCUGUUUAGGAUUGAUCAAUACUUAUUUGCUCUUCCUUUGAGCACUAUGUACUGGCAUACUAGAAUACAGUGAAUGUGAGCACCGCUACUACUGCUGCUGACCUUACAUCGCUUACCACUGGCCUAAAGACACCUCCUCAUAUAGGACCAAGACCAUCCACAUAUCCACAGACCGGGAUUGUACCAGGCGCAGUGAUCUGGAGCUAAUCAUGAGCUCCAUAAAAGUGUGAGUGCAAUCUUCUUUAUUUGCCAUAUUUUAUACCCUAAAAUACUACACUAUAUUUGGGUUUUGUCUCUUCUAUUUUUCACAUUGCUCCAUUGGAACUAAGAACUUAAGUUGAAAGCGCUGCUUCCCGUCAUUCUCUUAUUUGUUCUCAUCUACGACCAGAAGGAAGAGACUCUGCUUCGGGAAGUUCGAGCUUCUACAGAUACAAAAAGCAAGUGCCAGGAAUCUCUCUCUUUUUCACAUUGUGCGUGUAAUUUCUACAUAGGUUGCCGUCAUCACGAGUGUAGCACAGAAAAAAAAAGGUAGGAGAUAAAUUGUAGCGGCCUAUUUCCUGAAGACCUCUGGGCUCUAUAGCCACUUUGUCACCAGGUUAUAAGGUGAGUAACAGAAGAAUCAACUUUGGCCACUGUUCCAGAAGCUUUGUGUCCUAAAACCAUUGUUUUUUUACAAAACAUUCCAGUGCAACAAUGUUGCCAGAAAGGGAUAACUGAAUCACAUAUUCCGACAGAACCCAUCUUCAAUAACAGCUCAUUUGGCCCUGGUACAGGUACUUGUCAAUUUUCCAAAUGCAGACCUCUGAUGCCAUAGACCACAACAGAUAUAUUCCCAUCAUCCUCUCUGCGUUUCAUUGCGUCCACUGUUGCUCUUCAAGCAGAAUGGAAAUGCUCUUUCUUUGGCGACCAGUGUUGUCUUUAAUUCCACUUUGACCUGCUAAGACCUCAUAGCAGGUGGAAACGUUGCUGUUCUUUUUUGUUUCAAUAAAACUGCCUGCGGCUGCAACACCUUAAGUGCCCGGGGAAUUUCUUUGUUGCCUUAUUGUUGUGGGAUUGCUGGUCCUGCUCCAGAGCACCGGGUGGUUGCUGGGAUUGAGUGCGGCCCCUACCAUCACUUUUUAAAUUCCACUUUGGACCUUCAGGCUAAAUAUUUAUCAGAAACUUCUGUUUGCCUGACUUGGUUUCAGCUUUUGACCCAAGUACUGCGUGCUUCUAUUGCAACGAUAGCUGGGUUACAACAGAAUACCGUCUCUUAAUCAGCAAGUAUUUAUUGUUCACAACUCACAUAUUGGGCAUGUUGACUCCCUCUGGAUCCCGCUGUAACAAACAUCUAACAUGGCUGACACGACCCACACUAAGAAGAGGGAGGAUAUCUGAUGUCCGACCGUGUAUUUCUGGCACGGUUACUAUAGGAGCUGGUUGAGGAAAAGCCAUACUUUGUGCACAGCUCCCCUAGAAGUGACUACCAGCAUACACCAUGUCCUUUCGUUAAAUGUUUCUGCACUGAAGCAGCAAAGAUGCAUUUUUAUGAAACAAAUGGAACCAUUUGAAUUCAAAGCUGUGUUCUGAUUGUCCGCCUGGUGAUUUCAGCCAGAUGGAAUACCUUAUCUGAGAACAUUUAAAUAAUGCUACACACACAGAGAAACCACAAGUGAUGAUAAGCUAAUCACAGCACACAGUCUGUCUCACAAUGAUGGCUUCCUAGGACAAUAAAAAAAAAAAACUAAUACAUGAAUUUCUCAAAUAUUGUUUUGAACAUCUUUAGAGAUAAACUAUAGUGCCAGGAAAACAAACUCUUUUUCCUGGCACUAUAGCUUCCCGCUCCAUGAGCUGAAGUGGUCUGGGUGUCCCUUUAAGGAUUCUUUUGUAUAGAACAUUAAAAUUAUUAUUCACCAUCUACCAGCUAACCUCUCCCUUUGCUCUUUCCAGAUCCAAGGAGAGAGCUUGCCUGAAAGCAAUGUGAAGAUUGUACAAUAUAAAGGCGUAUAUGGAACUAUAACCACGAUGGUAAAGACGGAAGGGGCAGCCAGUCUCUACAAUGGACUGGUGGCUGGACUGCAACGUCAGAUGAGCUUCGCUUCCGUCCGAAUAGGCCUCUAUGAUUCCGUGAAACAGUUUUACUGCCGGCAGUCAGACAGUGAGUGUUCAGAAUAGGAACUAAUAGACUAUACACCUGUUUACCCGUCAGAUCUCCCCAAACCCUAGAGGAGUCCUCACAUAAUACGAUCUAUAGAGAGUAAAUUUGAGAGUGGUCAGGACUUGUCUGUGAGACUCCUUUCAAAAUACACAGGGGACCUCACUUUUUUAUAAUCCCUGUAAAAACUAUUCUUCCUUCUUAAUACAGAAACAUUAAAUUCAAACCGUUUGUCGAGUGUAGUUUCCCUUAAAGCAGCUUUGUUACUUUUUGGGUUCCGUUUUUGAAUGAAUCCUUUUUGCCCCUCUCUGUUUUGCUCUUUUUAAAAUCAACUUAAUCAAAUAAAUAAAAAUGUUAGGACUAUCGAACAUCACAGCCAAGAUAAGAAUUAAUGUUGUUUUAUUGACCCAGAUCUACGUUUUCUUAUGCUCCAGAUUCUGGGGUCAUGUGCCGGCUCUUGGCGGGCAGCACCACAGGGGCCUUGGCCGUCACCUUUGCUCAGCCAACGGACGUGGUGAAGGUACGAUUCCAGGCGCAUAUCAAGAUUGAAGAUGGUAAUAAGCGCUAUAAUGGGACUGUGGACGCCUACAAGACCAUUGCAAAAGAAGAGGGUCUCAAAGGACUCUGGAAAGGUAGGACAUUUACAUUACAAAUAAUCUAAACAUUAUGGAUAAUUUUUAGUGAAAUAAAGCUAUAAUUUACACACGUGGCUGUACCAUGUCACGGACACCUUUAUAUCAAAGUUCCCCAAUACUUGGGGGGUUCUUGUUUCUGUAAUAAGGCAUGAGCUAAAACAAAACUCGGUAGAGGUCUGUAAUGCCAGAGACAAAGUUCUCCUACUAACCCUCUGCACACAUUCUACCUCCAGCUAAACCAGACAACGGUUCAGGGUCUAUUGUUUAACCGGUGAGCGCUUGGUACACUUUACACACAUUAAAAAAAAAUUCAAAUGUCCUACUUGUAUAUCUGUUACAAGACUAUGGCUGGGUUAUAUGUAUGCGUUACACGAUAUUAAUUGUCUGGAAAUCUUUUUAUUCCCAGGAACCUUCCCCAACAUCACCCGUAAUGCCAUUGUCAACUGUGCAGAGCUUGUGACGUAUGACCUCAUAAAGGAAGCCAUCCUAAAGCAGAGCCUAAUGACAGGUAAGUCGGCAUUCCUAAAACACUCAGAUAUCACAUCUAGAUUAAAUAAUGGCGAUGGACAACAGACCUUGGGCUAUUGUUGGACCAUCUCGGUGUACCACCCACUGUCUGUAAUCUGUAUGGAUGGACGAGUUUGUACAAAACAGGUUGACUACUUACAAUAGGAGGUGCGCCAGGUACUCCUGGCACCAUAACCACUAUAGAGUGCUCAACGUACCCCUUUAACCUCUCAAUUAGUUGCUGUCUUAUAAUCCCAUUAAUAAUUAGAAAGUGCUGCUGAAUAUGUUGGCACUAUAUAAUUAAUAAUAAUGAUAAUAAUAAUAAUAGUGCUUAUAGUGUCUAGACUCUUUUUUAAAUGUAACCGAUUGCUUUGCUUAAUAGAAUCCGCAGUGUUCAUUAUCUGAGAAUAUUAGAAAAUCACAAUGGUGGCAGCUGGGAGUUGUCCGUGGUACUUCAGAUGUUUUAUAUAUAGAGAGAGAGAGAGAGAGAGAGAUUUUUAAAAAUUAUUAUUCUUUUUUAUUUUACUUUUAAUUUUUUUUAUUUUUACUAAGAAUUUCAUAUAUCACUAAAUGCAUGUGGUACUCCAAGAUGGAUUUAUGACUAGUAAGAAUUAUGGAAAAAUUUAGUUCAGUUCCAAUUAACAAAAUAUUAAAUUACUCAAGCUAAUUAAAAAGCUUAAUAUUUUCAUUGUAAAUUAUUAUUGAUUUUUCAUGACCCAUUUUGUAUAUGGAAAGAUUUAUAUACAGCCCAUAAAGCAUUUUUGCGCAUACUGUAUUUUGAGUAGAAGAAAAACCCAAUUUACAUUUGAUAUGAAACCAUCCUGUUCAAAGCAUUAUCCCCUGGUUUCCUAAAUCAGAUAACCUUCCGUGUCAUUUUGUGGCUGCCAUUGGUGCCGGAUUCUGCGCAACUGUUGUGGCAUCCCCGGUGGAUGUGGUGAAGACAAGGUACAUGAAUUCCACACCCGGACAAUAUAAGAACGCCUUGAACUGUGCUUUUACCAUGAUGGUAAAGGAGGGGAGCACCGCCUUUUACAAGGGGUAAGUAAGAAGCUCGGAAUUUAGUUUAUGAGAUAUUAUAUAUGAAAUAACUAGAGAAUAAAUCGUGUUGGCAUAUCUUGUCAGGUUUACUGAUAAAUUGAGGAAACUGAAUUAAGUAUAAGAAAAAGCUCACUAGUUUUCACAAUAUUCUGUUAUUAUACGCUAACACUGGACACAUAAUUGCACUCUAGAACCAGCUGUGGAUAACACCCUGGAGGAUUCUCACAAUGGUUUGUGUCCAACCAAGCACCAGUAUCCAGCUCAGCCAUAGUAUUAACAUGUAGGUCAGUGUAGGCCAGGUCAGGAUUCUGGUCUUCCUCAUACCCGUUAUGUUCAAAGGUAAGCGAAUAUGGAGAAAGUCAUGGCUUUAAUGGUAGCAUUGAUGAGUGGAGCAGUAUCUCAGUAAAAAUGGAGAACGGGUUUUUGAGUUUUAAUGUUUACACAAUAAACAUAUUGUAAAUACAAAACAAUUAAUCCAGCAUAAUGGUUUCUGUGGGUAAUUUACCGAUUUCUCCUCUCCACAGCUUUGUUCCGGCCUUCCUCAGACUUGGCUCCUGGAACAUUGUUAUGUUUGUAAGCUACGAGCAGUUGAAGAGAGCCAUGAUGAUGGGCCUUGGUUCCUGAGCGGCUCCUGAUGUAUAGUACUCUGCAUUCAUGUUGGAGACAUUAAAGGGUGACUCCUGAAAUCACAAAACCUGGUCUUUGAGUCCAGUGCAUCGUGUGAACAAAUUGAAGAUGGUUCUGCAAGGUCCAGCUAUGUGUGCAACACUGGGAAAUCAUAUGAUACGAUGGUCACAGUAGCUAGAAAGCACAGGAAGUCUGCAGAUACUUGUUGCUACAUAUAGAAUGGCUUAAACUCUUUGGGGUGUGAAUAUUUCCAAAUAAACUGGUGCUACGCCUGGAGAACUGUGGCCUUAAAAACAUUUGGAAUCCAGUACUGAAACCAAAGGACACAUUUACUGUGUGGUGCUCAGCUGAAAAAUACUCAAAAUGGAGGCAUAAAAUAAUAUUGUUGGUACUCGCUGUACUACCCGCCCUGUCUCUCUCUAAUCAGAUUGUAUGUUGACUCCAAAAUCUCUACAUGUGACAUAAUAUGAGUUCCUAGCAAACAUCUAGUCUAUUAUGUCGAUGACUGGGUACCAUGAUACACUAUGUGCCCUUUUAAAAAGGAUGCUGCUAAAAGGUCUCUGCUAUAAUUGAGUCCAAAUGACAUAUCAGGUUUAUUCCCAGACUUUCUAUAAGAUAUACAGGAUUGUGGGAGGAUUAGGGAUUUUAAAAAAGUGUAAAAAACAUGAAUUUAGGACAUCGUCCUCAAUGUGGAGCAAUGGACAAUUGCAGAAUGUUAAUGCUGAAUUUACUGGUUUCCAUAGUGACUCUUAGCAAUUUUAGCUAUACUUUUAUAAAUCUCCACUAACAUGUUCACUUACUGACCAAAUAGCGAUGCUGAUCUAUCUCUGCCUCCUUUACUACUGUUAACGAACGCGGGCCUUAAGGAUGGUGGAUGCUGGUUUUGGACCCAGUGCCCAGGCCUGAGAUUUGAUAUAUUUGAUGGUUCUGAAAUCCAUUCCAUGUUUCGCUUGAAGACGUUUAGAACUGAAAAGAUGUGCAAUGUCUUACUGAGCUCCUGACGCUCACUGUGUUAAAUUGUAAAAUCUCCAAUGUGUCAAUAAAGUUAUGUGCAAUUUAGCCGCAAAUUUUCUGAUUAAACACAUGAUAUUUCAAUUACCGUAUAUUAUAUUUAAACAAGAGAAAUCUCAAUGUAUCUUUCCUGGUAAAAUAUUUUAUAAAUAAAUAAAUAUUCUCCUGGCUGAUCUCAUUAAAUCUGUAUUUAACCAGGGACAGAUCACUACAGUGUUAGGAAUACGGAUAUGUUUUUCUAAUGCUAUAGUGUUCCUUUAAGAAUGAAUCAUUUAUUGCAGAUCAACUAAAAUGCCAGUGAAUCAAGAAGACUGUUGGUGGAUUUAUCAUAGUGUUCUGAAAGUGGCAUAUUUGGGUGGUUCAUUUGUGUCAUUUUGUUAAAGUGUACUAAUUGCAGGGGUGCAAUAUGUGUAGGAAUAAACAAAGUAGAAAGGUAAUAUUUUUCAGAUUAAUUUUAUGCUGCACUUAAUGUGUGGAUAUUCUGCUUGUAUUCUGCCUCGUUUUGCAGGACAAUGAAAGAAAAUACCAAAAAAAGUGAAUAACUUUGUUGUGUAAAGUAAACAUUAAAUAUUACUUAAUGAAAUAAAUUACGCAAAAAGUUACAGAAAAGAGAAAAAAUUAUGGAGAAGUUUAAACGUGGCUGUGAAUGUGAUUAGAUCAGAAUAUGUCUGGUGAACGUGGUUUGAUUGGAACGUGGCUUGUGGCUAUGAUGAGGUUUGGUCCAGUGGCAAUAAAAUGAAAGCACUCUUUCCGUGGUUUAUUUAUAGAUGUGUUCAUUUCUACGUACCCUCAACUGGGUGUAAAGUUCAGGCAGCUAAAAUUAAGCCUUGCAUUUCUCGCUAGGUGACGCUGGUUUGGAAAGGUUGCACAAACAAUGUGUCCUCUACAGAGAAGUAACAGAACCUGCAGUCCGAGUUAGAUCACAGAUGGCUAUUACCAGAAAUGCUGGAACAAGCCAGAAACCUGGGGACUUUCAAUGUGCGCACAUUGGGGAAGAUAAGAUAAGAAAGCUCUAAUCGAAAAUGCAAAUAGAUGGCUAAUAGCAUCUGAGAGUGUAUAAUCGCGAUAAUGUAAAAUUCAUUGAAGAGAAAAUUACCUUCAUAUGACAAUGCUCAUAAUAUUAUGUAACAACUUUAUAGAAUUCCACAGUUUGAUAGAGGUUAGAAGUUAGUGACGUUUAAAGGGACACUAUAUUCACCAGAACAACUACAGCUUAUUGAAUUUGUUCUGGUGAGUAGAAUCAUUCCCUUCAGGCUUUUUGCUGUAAACACUGUCUUUUCAGAAAAAAUGCAGUGUUUACAUUACAGCCUAGUGAUAACUUCACUGGCCACUCCUCAGGUGGCUGUUAGAGAUCCUUCCUGGGACAUGGCUGCCUAAAAUGCAUCCGAACAUUCAGUAUCUCCUCCCUCUGCAUGCAGACAGUGAACUUUCCUCAUAGAGAUUAAUUGAUUCAAUUCAUCUCUAUGAAGAGAUGCUGAUUGGCCAGGGCUGUGUUUGAAUUGUGCUGGCUCUGCCCCUGAUCUGCCUAUUUGUCAGUCUCAGCCAAUCCUAUUGGGGAAGCACUGUGAUUGGAUCAGGCCACCACUUCUGAUGAUGUCACCAGACUGCUUGUUUUUUUUAGGCAAACAGCAUGCAGAGUUACAGCUUCAGGCUUGAAUACAGUAAGAUUAUGCUAUAUUUAUGGCGGCAUGAGGGGGCCAUGGGGGCUAGAUGGUGGCGUUAACACUUAUAGGGUCAGGAAUACAUGUUUCUGUUCCUGACCCUAUAGUCAUCCUUUAAUGUUUAUACCAGACAAGAAGCAGGUAUUACGUCACACCUCUCACAUCCUUCACCUGUAUAAUUUUACUUUUUUUGACGGCUCCAUCUUCCAACACCCAGUAAAUCUUCGUCUAUCCUACAAUCCUACAAGGUGAGAUAUUUCUCUAGGCUCCAAUAAUGUGCACACAACUGUUGUGGCAAAGUGUUGGCAUUGGGCCUUCAACAGUGCAGAGAGGGGUCAUUUAAUGAAUAUGUCCUUUAGGGAAUCAGAUUCAGUACAGUUAUAUCAGGACAUUUUAUGUCAGAGUGAUUUUGGCACAACAUGCCUGCAUGUUGCUGGGAAUGUAAGUGAUCAGUUCUGUAGCUGUCCCUGUUCUGCCCCAUUGUGUUUAUUAUUAUUCUGCUUCAAUUGUUUUGACUGUCUGCCCUCAGCACUGGGCUAAUUUCUGUGCUUGUCUGUAAAAAGCUGCCAUUAAGCAAUGAAAAUGCCAGCAACCAACUAAUGUUUGUAGCAACUUUAGCUUAAUGAAGCGGUUUUGGUGUAUAGAACAUGCCCCUGCAGCCUCACUGCUCAAUCCUCAGCCAUUUAGGAGUUAAAUCCCUUUGUUUAUGAACCCUAGUCACACCUCCCUGCAUGUGACUUGCACAGCCUUCCAUAAACACUUCCUGUAAAGAGAGCCCUAUUUAGGCUUUCUUUAUUGCAAGUUCUGUUUAAUUAAGAUUUUCUUAUCCCCUGCUAUGUUAAUAGCUUGCUAGACCCUGCAAGAGCCUCCUGUAUGUGAUUAAAGUUCAAUUUAGAGAUUGAGAUACAAUUCUUUAAGGUAAAUUACAUAGAAACAUAGAAACAUAGAAUGUGACGGCAGAUAAGAACCAUUCGGCCCAUCUAGUCUGCCCAAUUUUCUAAAUACUUUCAUUAGUCCCUAGCCUUAUCUUAUAGUUAGGAUAGCCUUAUGCCUAUCCCACGCAUGCUUAAACUCCUUUACUGUGUUAACCUCUACCACUUCAGCUGGAAGGCUAUUCCAUGUAUCCACUACCCUCUCAGUAAAGUAAUACUUCCUGAUAUUAUUUUUAAACCUUUGUCCCUCUAAUUUAAGACUAUGUCCUCUUGUUGUGGUAGUUUUUCUUCUUUUAAAUAUAGUCUCCUCCUUUACUGUGUUGAUUCCCUUUAUAUAUUUAAAUGUUUCUAUCAUAUCCCCCCUGUCUCGUCUUUCCUCCAAGCUAUACAUGUUAAGAUCCUUUAACCUUUCCUGGUAAGUUUUAUCCCUGCAAUCCAUGAACCAGUUUAGUAGCCCUUCUCUGAACCCUCUCUAAGGUAUCAAUAUCCUUCUGAAGAUACGGUCUCCAGUACUGUGUACAAUACUCCAAGUGAGGUCUCACCAGUGUUCUGUAUAAUGGCAUGAGCACUUCCCUCUUUCUACUGCCAAUACCUCUCCCUAUACUACCAAGCAUUCUGCUAGCAUUUCCUGCUGCUCUAUUACAUUGUCUGCCUACCUUUAAGUCAUCAGAAAUAAUCACCCCUAAAUCCCUUUCCUCAUAUGUUGAGGUUAGAACUCUAUCAAAUAUUCUAUACUCUGCCCUUGGGUUUUUACGUCCAAGAUGCAUUAUCUUGCACUUAUCCACAUUAAAUGUCAGUUGCCACAAUUCUGACCAUCUGUUUGAAAGUGAAACCAGUUUGUUUUUUCCAUGCAGGCUCUGUCAAUAAUAGCCAGGGGAGGUGUGGCUAGGGCUGCAUAAACAGAAACAAAGUGAUUUAACUCCUAAAUGACAGUGAAUUGAGCAGUGAAAUUGCAGAGGAAUGAUUUAUACACUAAAACUGCUUUAUUUAGCUAAAGUAAUUUAGGUGACUAUAGUGUUCCUUUAAGGGUUUCCUUAAACUUUCUUUUUGUUUAACAUCUGCACGUUACACAUGUCCAAUUCUACUGGUGCCAACCACCACUAAGUGUGCAAUUUACAAAUUGAAGUAACACUUCUAACCCCGCCGAGACAUUCUGUGGCUGUCCAAUCACAGACUUCCCAAUGCAGCUCAAUGAGAAGUCUUUGCAAGGCAGGUGCUCUGGGCAAUUGCUGCCUCUUGAGUUUACCAAACCAGGAAGUAGCGGGAGCGGUUGUCUGAUUGACAGCUGGGGGUGGAGGGGAGGUGUAACAAGGUUCAUUUAUAAAAGUGUAAGUUUCUAUUGAAAUAUGUGUAAAAUGAAAAAGAGAAAACACGCUCUUUAUACAUUAAACUCUUCAGUGAGCUAAAGUGUUUUAGAUGUUUUGAGUGUCCCUUUAAGUAUACUUGUACUUUUUAAGAUCUUUUGUAAAUCAAUGCACCAUUCAUUUUAGGAUUGCUAAUACUGACAAGAUGGCAGCUGUUGCCCUGGGUGAGGGCAAUGAUACCAUAGGAUGGCUACUUUAUUUUGGUUUUAUUUUUUUCGUUUUUCAUCGUACCAUCAGGUUCUGCACACUCUAACAAACAGUCCUGCAUGUAGUCAUGCCUUCUUUGUAAAUAAAUAUAACAGGGGGUAGAUUUAGACCUAUUUGAAGUGAUAAAGUCAAAUCCCAGGGAUGGAGUCUAGUAUAGGGUUAAUGUGUGCAGAGCAUGGUAUAGGGUUAAUAUGUGUGCAGAGCAUUGUAUAGGGUUAAUAUGUGUGCAGAGUAUUGUAUAGGGUAUAGGGUUAAUAUGUGUGCAGAGCAUUGUAUAGGGUUAAUGUGUCUGCGGAGCAUGGUAUAGAGUUAGUGUGUGCAGAGCAUGGUAUAGGGUUAAUAUGUGUGCAGAGCAUGGUAUAGGGUUAAUAUGUGUGCAGAGCAUUGUAUAGGGUUAAUGUGUGUGCAGAGCAUGGUAUAGGGUUAAUAUGUGCAGAGCAUGGUAUAGAGUUAGUGUGUGCAGAGUAUUGUAUAUGGUUAUUGUGUGCGGAGCAUGGUAUAGAGUUAGUGUGUGCAGAGUAUUGUAUAGGGUUAUUGUGUGCGGAGCAUGGUAAAGGGAUAUUGUGUGCAGAGCAUGGUAUAGGGUUAAUGUGGGUGCAGAUCAUUGUAUAGGGUUAAUGUGGGCAGAGCAUUGUAUAGGGUUAAUAUGUGUGCAGAGCAUUGUAUAGGGUUAAUGUGGGCAGAGCAUGGUAUAGGGUAAUGUGUGGGCAGAGCAUGGUAUAGGGUAAUGUGUGCAGAGCAUUGUAUAGGGGUAUUGUGUGCAGAGCAUGGUAUAGGGUUAAUGUGUGUGGGGCAGUAUAUAGGGUUAAUGUGUGUGCAGAGCAGUAUACAGGGUUUAUGCAUGUGCGGUGCAGUAUAUAGAGUUAAUGUAUGUGUGCAGAGCAGUAUAUAGGGUUAAUGUAUGUGUGCGGAGCAGUAUAUAGGGUUAAUGUCUGUGCGGAGCAGUAUAUAGAGUUAAUGUAUGUGUGCGGAGCAGUAUAGAGGUUAAUGUGUGUGCGGAGCAGUAUAUAGGGUUAAUGUAUGUGUGUAUACUGCUCCACACACAUACAUUAACCCAAUAUACUGCUCCACACACACAUUAACCUAUAUACUGCUCCGCACACAUAUCAAUUAAUGGGUUAAUGUGUGUGUGGAGUAUAUAGCGUUAAUGUGUGUGUGUGUGAAGCAGUAUAUAGGGUUAAUGUGCGUGCGGAGCAGUAUAUAGGAUUAAUGUCUGUGCGGAGCAGUAUACAGAGUUGAUGUGUGUGCGGAGCAGUAUAUAGGUUAAUGUGUGUGCUUUGCAGUAUAUAGGGUUAAUGUAUGUGUGUGGAGCAGUAUAUAGGGUUAAUGUCUGUGCGGAGCAGUAUAUAGAGUUGGUGUGUGUGCGGAGCAGUAUAUAGGUUAAUGUGUGUGCGAAGCAGUAUAUAGAGUUAAUGCAUGUGCGGAGCAGUAUAUAGAGUUAAUAUAUGUGUACAGAACAAUAUAUAGGGUUAAUGUAUUUGGUCAAAGCAGUAUAAAGGGUUAAUGUAUGUGUGCAAAGCAGUAUAUAGAGUUAAUGUGUGCGGAGCAGUAUAUAGGGUUAAUGUAUGUGUGCGGAGCAGUAUAUAGAGUUAAUGUGUGUGGAGCGGUAUACAGGGUUAAUGUGUGUGCGGAGCAGUAUAUAGAGUUAAUGUGUGCGGAGCAGUAUAUAGGGCUAAUGUAUUUGGUCAGAGCAGUAUGUAGGGUUAAUGUAUGUAUGCGCAGCAGUAUAUAGAGUUAAUGAAUGCGGAGCAGGGUUAAUUUGUUUGGGCAGAGCAGUAUAUAGGGUUAAUGUAUGUGUGCAGAGCAGUAUAUGGGGUUAAUGUGUGCAGAGCAGUGUAUAGGGUUAAUGUAUGUGUGCGGAGCAGUAUAUAGAGUUAAUGUGUGCGGAGCAGUAUAUAGGGUUAAUGUAUGUGUGCGGAGCAGUAUAUAGGGUUAAUGUAUUUGGUCAGAGCAGUAUAUAGGGUUAAUGUAUGUGUGCGGAGCAGUAUAUAGGGUUAAUGUAUUUGGUCAGAGCAGUAUAUAGAGUUAAUGUAUGUGUGCAGGGCAGUAUACAGGGUUAAUGCAUGUGUGGAGCAGUAUAUAGAGUUAAUAUAUGUGUACAGAGCAAUAUAUAGGGUUAAUGUAUUUGGUCAAAGCGGUAUAAAGGGUUAAUGUAUGUGUGCAAAGCAGUAUAUAGAGUUAAUGUGUGCGGAGCAGUAUAUAGGGUUAAUUUAUGUGUGCGGAGCAGUAUAUAGAGUUAAUGUGUGCGGAGCAGUAUAUAGGGUUAAUGUAUUUGGUCAGAGCAGUAUAUAGAGUUAAUGUAUGUGUGCGGAGCAGUAUAUAGAGUUAAUGUGUGCGGAGCAGUAUAUAGGGUUAAUGUAUUUGGUCAGAGCAGUAUAUAGAGUUAAUGUAUGUGUGCAGAGCAGUAUAUAGGGUUAAUGUAUUUGGUCAGAGCAGUAUAUACAGUUAAUGUAUGUGUGCAGAGCAGUAUAUAGGGUUAAUGUAUUUGGUCAGAGCAGUAUAUACAGUUAAUGUAUGUGUGCAGAGCAGUAUAUAGGGUUAAUGUAUUUGGACAAAGUAAGAUACAGUUCAGCACAGUUUAUGCUAAUUGAUUGCCACCUGUUGCACACACAGCUCUCUCAUCCUGCUCAGUAUCUCUCCAUCAGCAAAUCCACUGCUAUUAGAGGUGAGAGCCAGCACCCCCAGCCAGGCAGCCAAUAGCAGAGCAGCUCAGGGCACCUGCCUCUCAGGAAGUUUCAGGAGAUGCUAUUUCCAGUCAGUAACUUAUCAUGUAAAUUCUAUCAACUGUUGCAUCACCAGUCAGUCUGCAUAUCUUGCCGGCCAUUAAUCUCUCCAGGAACCUUCCACGUUCCGCAUCUAGAACUGUCCUUGACACGACAACUGUCAUCACGUUUUUACUUCUUGUUUUUUUUUUUUUAUAUUUAACAUUUCAUUAAAUUUUAUAAUUUAUUUUUUAACAAUGUAUAUUGUUUUUUUUGAGAAAAUCUCACUUUUUUAUCUGGCUGAGCGGCCGUGUUGGAUCACACUCUACUGGCUGCUGCUCAACCUAUCUUACCUGCCUCUGUUCUUUGUUAACCUACAGCAGCAGCAAGUUAGGCUGAGCAGCAGUGGGUCAGAUAACAGUCUGACCCAAUCAUGGCGGCUUGGCUCGACAAAAAAAAAUUUCAUCAAAAUAAAUAAAACAAAAGUUUAAUUAAAUGUUUAAAAAUUUUAAAAAACAAGAAGUGACAUUUUGAUGACCGUUGUCCUUUAAAGGAACACUUUGAGCGCCAUAACAUCCUCUCAAUGAAGUUGUUAUGGUGGCUGGAGAUCCUGGGAGCCAUCUUACUUUAAAGGCGUAAGCAGUUUACGAAUAGCUGAACCCCAAAGUUGGUUAGACAUGCCAGUCAUAUUGGCCCCUCUUCGUCCGGCGAUGUCUAAGGCUUCAAUAACACAGGUACAUGCCAUUGUCACACAGUUUUGUUAAAAACGUUUAUGGCGAGAUUGUUUGUGUGGAGAGAGCACAUAAUUUGCCUCUUCCACGUGUGCCAGGAGCCUUACAUGCCAUUUAGGUUGUAUGUUCCCAAGCCGAAUACGAUUGCACAAAAUCUGCGAUAUUUCCAUGCAAAAUCCUUGGAGGCGUUGUGUUUGUCCUGGACUUUUGAGUAAACAUGCGCCGGUUUUGCUGAACUCAACAAAGCAACAGUGUCUAUAUGCAUUGUGAGAUGCGCCUGCUGGACUCUUCAUGGUGGCUCUUCACGGUGGGUUGCUCAUCAAGGACAAAAUCGACUACUAAGACAGUUUGUGUGGUGCGUUACAUAUGGAAUUGGUAGAAAGCUGAAUGGCCACCAGAUAGGUAUAUGGAAAGGAUUAUAAAGGAUCUUGUGCCUUUCCCAUGAAUUAAGUAUAACUUGUUUGCCUUCUUACGGAUAAGGGGGGAAACUCUUUAUAAAGUAGAACAGUCUCAGAAUUCCAGAAAAUGUUGUUUUUGUUCAGAGUAACCGUUCCUACCCUGGUCCCCCCACCAUCAAAAAAAAAUAGCAAAAAUAUGCCUUUGUUCCAGCACCAAGCUCUCCUCCAGCCUGAUCAUCCAUCUAUGUCUCUUCCCAUUGCACAGAUGGGAGGGCUGAAGGGAGGACAUGGGGGGCCCGGAGGUGGUGUGCUGCCCUUGGCUGUCACUAGUAUGCUGUGCGUGCCGAUGACAGACGCCACACGUACAGAACUGGGGCGUCAUUAACCGUGUUUCAGGAUGGCUAAUGACGCCCCAAUUACGCUGCUAGAGGUAGAGUUACAUCUCCGCACCAGAGGGCUUUAAUAGCAAAACGCUGCACAUACAGACUCCAGGCACCAUGACCACUUCAAGUCAGUGAAGUGGUCAUGGUGCUUGGAGUAGCUCUUUACGCAGUGCAUAAACAAAUCAUGAAGUCGUUAAAAUAGCUAUUUAGGUAAACCCAAAGCAAAUUGUAAGCAGUUAUCUGAACCGACUGUGAAUCUUGCCAGUUUGCCAUUUCUUCAUCUUAUUGCCUCUUGGUGGCAAUAGUGAGCGGCAGAAAUCAGUGAACCCUGCAGGCACGGACCUCAACAUAUCCUGCUGGUCUCUAAAGAAUUAAUAAUAAAUCCAGCUGCCCUCAAUUCAUUUAAUUAGCCUUUCCUGGCAGUCAUAUAAUCACACACUGAACGCUGAUUAUAUCAGUGGCAGUGAAAUCAGAAUCUGUCUAUAGACUCAUCAUUAACCCCUUAAGGACACAACUUCUGGAAUAAAAGGGAAUCAUGACGGAAUAUUUCCGUCAUGUGUCCUUAAGGGGUUAAACCCUGCAGCCUAUUAUCUGCAGUUAUAAUGUGAAUUGUGCAGAGUAUCUCCUUAACACGGCACUCAGACUCUCGCCACUGACGUACCCUCUAACCCUGUAAAAGUUAUAGAUCUAUUCCUGAACCGUAUAGACAUUCACUGAAUGAGAACCCUGCAUAUUAUCCUUAACAUUAAACCAUAAUCUCUCCGUAGAAUUAAUACUGAACUCUGCAGCACUCUGUAUUCAUAGCUACUGCAGCUAAUCUCUCUAUACUUCUCAGUAAGUCCUGAACCCUAACUUAACAAUGAACACUGCAGCCUUAGAUCAAAGGGAGAACCUUGCGGUUUUUAUGGGCUUAGUAAUUAAAGGGUUACGCUAACCUUUAUUCCAUCUUAUCUAACCUUCUUUAUACUGCUCUAUUGGGAACUCGUUAAUAAUCCCCUCCCCCCUUAUUAAUUUCUACAUCGCUAUAAAAGAAAUCAGUGCCGAUGAGGAUCUUCCGCAUCAUGUCUAACGUCUGGCUGCGUCACUCCCUUCCUCUCUUUGGCCAAUCAAAAUCUUUUCAUUGAGAAGAGUUGGAUUGGAGCUUUCUACUGGCUCAGAUCGCAUGCGACCACUCUGAGUAAAGUAGGCGAUAAAGAAGAAUAACAGAGGAAGGCAGGAGGAGGAGCACAGAGAGAGAGAGGAAAGGGAGAGCAAGACGCGCUGCCUGCUAAGAGAAGCUCAUUACAUCCGUACCCAGUGCGCUGUGCACGCUGAUGACAGAUGUACAUUUUUCACAGAACUCACAGUAGGCAGCCUGUGCUGCCUAUGUCACAGGCGGUGGGGUCACGGGUGCUGGCACAAAAAUGUGUAUAUAUAAUCCUUCUACCAUGACCACUUCUAAAAGCUAUAGCUCCCUAGAGUGCCCCACUGUCAAACCCCUUCUGUCACUUACCUGAAUCCAGCGCAGAUGUCCUUCUGUGCUGGUUUGGGCUCCACCUGCACUCCGCAAUGGCCACGCUCACAUUUGGACUUCCCGCAUAUGAGAGCAUGUAUAAUGCUUUUCUAUGGGGUUUUACACAAUGCAGGAUGUCCUCAUGCACAGCGCAACCAAAAGUCGCCUAACGACUUGGAAGUCCCUCUAGUGGCUGUCUGGUAGACAGCCAGUAGAGGUGGCGUCAACCCUCAAAGGUAAUUAUUUUAAUUUAUUAAAAACUGCAAUAUUUACCUUUGCAAGGUUAAGGGACAUGGGACAUUGCACCCAGACCACUUCAAUGAGCUGACGUAGUCUGGGUGCCUAUAAUCUCCCUUUAACAUUGAACCCGGUAUCUCUCUAUAGAUUUAACAGUGAUCAAUGCAGCUCUAGACAGAGUAAACUAUACACAAAGUUAAUAUUUAACCCAGCAGAUCUCUGCACAUAUGGGAAUUCAAUGUGUAUUUUACAUUUUAGGCAGAUAUAUUUUAACUGGAAAUGGAGCUGACUUGGAGAAUAUUUUUUUACAUUUAGCUAAUGUGGCCAAAAUGUUCAAUUCAGUUUGAAUUCAUGACAAUUCCCACCUUAGGGAGUGGAGUCCUUUAGCUCUCCGUAUGCUUACAGGGUUAUUCAAUAAACACUUAAUUGUACCAAAUUUAAAACAGAAUUGCAAAAUGGCCCAGCUGUGACUAGAGCUGAGUUUUACAAAUCAAUUAUAUGAUUUUUUUUUAAAUCAAUUAUUUCAGCCUACAUAUUACCAUACCAAUUUUUAUUGAGUAGGUAAUUUAAAAUGACAAAAGACUUAUGGUCUGGACAUAGGUAGGCCUGAUAUUGGGAGAGAGAGGGGGAGGUACAUAGCAGAACCAAUGGGCUGUUAGUUACUGGAAUAAGUGCCACAGACAUUGUACCCAUCCCUAUGGAGGCACGCUAUCCCAGCACGCAGCACGCUAGGGUGGCAGGCUGCAAUACAGGGCGACCAAUCAAUGCUGCUAUAUGUUGGGCACUCGUACAUUGGUUUAAACACUCCGGGAAACUAAAUGCACUCAAAGCGCGUGUUAGUAGGCUCUGUACAUUAUAACAGUUCUCCUAAAACCAGGUAACAGAAACAGAAGCCAAUGUAGAAAAAAUAUUUGCCACACAAGCCUGUCUAAAUUCCAACAACCAACAGGGACAACCUUUAUUUUAUUUGUUAUUUAUUUUUAUUUUUUUACAAACUUGAAAAUAUCAGGUAGAUUUUUUUCCUCAGUUUAACCCCUUAAGGACCAAACUUCUGGAAUAAAAGGGAAUCAUGACAUGUCACACAUGUCGUGUCCUUAAGGGGAUACGUUAUUGUUUUGUUGAUAAAUUGCUCUUGACUCUUUUGAGAAAUUGUUAUAUUUCAUAUUCAGAUUUCCUAUAUCGUAUGUCUUUUGUGUGCUACGAUUUUAUUACAUAACUGUCUGCAACCCAUGUGUUUCAUAAUAAAUAAAUAAAACUAAAUUAGGAAUCACCAUGUCAAAACCAUUUAACCCCCCAGGGCUACCCAUCUCUUCCACUGCAUAAUAACGACAUAAUCAGCAUGGAUUGUAAACUAGUAGACUCAAAUCAAAUUCCUUAAAAUCUGCACCCGAACAAAUUGAAUGCAUCAGUGGAGAAUUUAAUGAAUAAGACUCAACAGGUAAAUACUGGACGGAUCCAUUUCUACGGGCGUAUAGUACAAGGAAUUUGAUUAGUUUGUCGAAUAAAUUUGUGCACAGGAUUUCAAACUAGCGCCAUUUGCAAUAAUAUCGUUUAAUGACAAUCCUUGAUAAUGUUACAUUUAUGUAAGGUACAGUUUCACUUUACACCUCUCAGUAUUGUGAAAUCUAUUGCUAUAAAUUAUCAUGUUGCAUCAACCCACCCAAUGCACAAGUGGGUACACAAAGGCCCAGUACAGCAAAAAACUGGUUCCGAGACAUUUGGAGCUCUUGUUAAAAAGUGCCCCUGGGGUAUAAACCAUUGAGCAUAAAAAAGAUGUUUGGCAAUAGGUCUGAAACUCCCUGGGGUUGACCAUACAUUGAUCAUGCAGAGGGGCCUUAGCUGUUUAUAGAAUUUAUCAUUACAAUUACCUCUAGCAAUGGGCAACAAUAGGAGCGAGUGGAAUGAAUAGGACAUGUAGAUUUAAAAAUAAAAAUGGAAAAUGCUGCUUAAAUGGCCUGUAUUCAAUGCAAAUUAACAGUGAGAGGCCUUCAGAUACAUUGGCAAAUAUUCCACAGUGUCUGCUAUGUUGUGUUAAUUCUCUGAUAGUCACAUAAUAAUCUGAGCUGAGAAAUGAAUCGAUUCCAUUGAGUUGAACCUUUCACACAUCUGUUACUGAAUGACUGUGAUUGGAAUUUAUGUGAAUUACCUGGGGAUUAUUUUAACAGGCUCUGAUACUGUAAAUGUAGCCUUUAGCACAUUACUCUGAAAGGGAAGUUUGUGGUGAAAUCACUUCUUGUUCUCAAACCAGCCCACAAGUGAAGACAAGACAGCUCGAUUUCCUGCCAUUUCUCACGUGAUCGGUGUCGAUUCUAAUAACCAGCGUUCUGAUACCUUAUUUGGGGAUCGCUGCCAAAUUAUUAUACAAUUAGGGAACAAAUCUGAGCUCGCCAUAAACCUUGUGUCAGUUUAACUCACAGUAGAAUACUAGUUAGAAGAUAUCUGCGCACUAUCCCAAACUCCCUGCACAUUAAAUAGCAGGUGAUUGGUAUCAGUGAAUUGUCAUUAAAGUGUAAGCUCAUCUGCAAACACCAGGACAAGUCACUAGCAACGAGUUCUUUGCUAACAAUUCACCUGGCUGGUUUCAACUAAAAGCAAACAUGUUUUUUUAAUAAAGUGUGAAUUGAUGGAAAUGUCAAAUUAUAGAAGAAAACAGCGAGAAUUAAUUGGAAAGAAAUCUCUAAUCCGGCUUUGUUUUAAUUCAGCAAUUUUCCCCUAAAAUAAGGAAUUAACGUUGAAUUCUCAAUUUAGUAAUUAGCUCUAUCAAGGAUAUAGCCAUGAAAAUCUCCAGUGUGCCAGAAACUAAUUACCAAAAUCUUAAUUAUAUUAAUUAUACGACGCUUCGUUUGCUGUAAUUUCUUACAUUAACGUUAACAGAAGAGAAGCCCAGAGCAUGCCUUAUAAUGAAAAAAACAGAUUUUAUUUAUACAUUGUCUAACCCAAGAAUGGCACAAAUAAAGUGCAUGUAACAGGUCAAUAUAUCCAUAUACACAGAGAAACCAUAUACCAGACACAGAGAUCAGACUAAAGUCCAUACAUACAGUAAAGGAGGAGACUAUAUUAAAAGAAGAAAAACUACCACAACAAGAGGACAUAGUCUUAAAUUAGAGGGACAAAGGUUUAAAAAUAAUAUCAGGAAGUAUUACUUUACUGAGAGGGUAGUGGAUGCAUGGAAUAGCCUUCCAGCUGAAGUGGUAGAGGUUAACACAGUAAAGGAGUUUAAGCAUGCGUGGGAUAGGCAUAAGGCUAUCCUAACUAUAAGAUAAGGCCAGGGACUAAUGAAAGUAUUUAGAAAAUUGGGCAGACUAGAUGGGCCGAAUGGUUCUUAUCUGCCGUCACAUUCUAUGUUUCUAUAUAAACCCACAAGUGUAACCAAUGGUAUACUAUACUGAGGGUUUAUAUACUUUUAAUCUGAUCUAUAAAUACAUAAUAUAUAUAUUUUGUAUUAUAAUGUGUGCUUUGGGUUUGUUAUCGGUUUAAUCCUCCCCCCCCCCCACUUAAUUUGGUAAUAGUAUUUUCUAAUUUAGCGCUCAUUCUUUGAAUAAGGUGGUUUUUUUUAAGUCUAAAAAAACAGGUGAAUGGGAGAAUUUGCCAAUUCCUCCUUUUAUAUGAGAAAGUUGUGUCGCCACCCAGCGGUGUAAUGUUAGUACUGCACAUCAUAAACUGCCACUUUGCUAAGUAAGUACUUUUAUAAGAACUUUCAGUUUAUUUUGUUUUUCUGUUGAUACCAGUGUAUUUGAGAUAUAUUUAUUUAUAUUGUGCGGUAUUUAGGUUCAUUAAUCUGAAAUAUGACAAAAGUAGGUAUGAAGAUUACAGGUAGAUUAGAUAAAUAAAAGUGAGCUAAUUAAAAUAAUCUGGUGUAAAUUAUAGCACAUAUUACAAAUGGAAUAAUAUUGCUGAUUUAUGAGAUACAUUUCUUGAAGUUGUUACUUUGUGUUCCCAGUGAGAGCCAGGUGAGACCGUAUUGAGAUGAUGCAAGGUGCCAGUUAGCUCGCACUGAGCCCCAGUGAGUGGGAGGUCCAGGGGAGGGGGCUCUGUAUUGAGUCAGAUCCUCCCCUGGUUUCCUUUUGUCCUGGCUCUAUAUAAAGGCAGAGAGAGCAUCCUUUCUGACUCAGCUCUUUCCUAGCAGUCUGAGGACACUGACUUCCCAUCCCCCAACCAAUACAGAUCACCCCCAUACUGCUUGCCCCCCCAAGAUUCCCCCAUUUCUAACUAAGAGUGAUUCAUUUCCACCCUUCCCGGUAAGUACAUCCACGUGGUGUCCAUGUGCCCUCUCUGGGCUUGUUCUAAUUUCUGUGAUCUGCUGAUUGUGUGUCUGUUAAUGUAUUUGUUCUGUUGCCUGGCUUUCAGUCUAUUGUAGAAAUUUUUAUUAAAUGUCUGUUUGUGAAUUCACAUUGGGGACCGUGUAAUCAGGGGAGCAGGUGGUAGAUACUAAGGGAAUCUGUAUCUAGCCUUAUUGUUCACUUAGCUGGGAGUGAUGGGGGUUAUGGUGUCUAGUGAUGAGCCAUGUCCUUCUAAUCCCCUAAUGGGAUGUGCAGGCCUGCUGCUGCCUGGGGGUGGUUAGAGUUGCCUUGUAGUUUGGGUAUUGUCCCUUUAUUGGCUGUGCUGCUGCCUGAGGGUGCUUAGAGUUGCCAGGUUAGAUCUGGGGAGAAGUCUCGCAGUCUGGGUAUUGGAUGGGGUUACUAAGCCUGGCUGUGCUGCUGCCUGAGGGUGCUUAGCGUUGCCAGGUUAGAUCUGGGGAGAAGUCUCGCAGUCUGGGUAUUGGAUGGGGUUACUAAGCCUGGCUGUGCUGCUGCCUGAGGGUGCUUAGAGUUACCAGGUUAGAUCUGGGGAGAAGUCUUGCAGUCUGGGGUUACUAAGCCUGGCUGUGCUGCUGCCUGAGGGUGGCCACCUACGGGUGGGGGUGGUAGCUGACUCUUCCAGGGGACCUUUAAACAAUGGCUGCCCUGCAGAAUGGGCUUUUGUCUCCUUUGAAAGGGGGUGUAUUUGUUAGAAACCCCCUCAUCCGGUUACUGUAACUUAAACUGGUUCUUUAACUCCGAAUCUAUUACUGUGUGUUGGGCUUUAUGGCUCUAAUUAGACGUUUUCUGUAUAAAGUGCGGUAAGUGUUUUAGUUCUAAUUCCAUGGAUCCCUUUAUCAGCUGUUCCUGUCUGCUAUAGCUCUGCCUGCAGCCUCCUGUGACUGGUUACAGCACUGUGUGGGGGUGGGGAAGGUUUCAGUAUCCUGGUCUGAUCUGGUCUAGUGUUGUCUUUAAAUAUGUUAAAGAUCAGUAUAUUGUAUGAGAUUGGAAUGGAUCUUAUUGUAGACUGGCUGAUGGAUAUUGAUAAUAAAGCUGGGCAUUGUGUGUGUGUGUGUGUGUGUGUGUGUGUGUAUAUAUAAUUUUUUGUGAUGUCUAAUUUUCUUAUUUCCUGCCUGUUGCCAUGUCUAAUAAAUGUCUUUUAUCUCUUUGUAGGAUAAGUAUUAUGUUUAUACAACUUGUUUUACACCAAUUCUCUAUGGAAAGUAAAGGGUAUCGGAUUUUUACUGCCAGUGGCAAGUGUGACGGGCGUGACGCCUUCAGGGAAGCUUGAUCCUAGUUUUUCCCAAUACACUGGGACACUUGAAUAAGGUAACGUUUUCUUUGUCUCGCCUGGAUGGGUUCAAUGCUAGAACAAAGUGCAAAGUGGAGCAGUUGCCAUGGAAACCUAUAGAAUGUUCAAACUGAUCUGCUUUUUAACCCCUUAAGGACCAAACUUCUGGAAUAAAAGGGAAUCGUGACAUGUCACACGCCAUGUGUCUUUAAGGGGUUAAAGGUUAAAUCGCUGUAGGGUGUCCAUGCACGGUGUUAAGAAUGACGACCAGUCUGCAGGAUAGUGUUAGAUUAUCCUCCAGCCUGGCUGUAAUAGAUAUUAUCCUUCAUUAUGUCAUACUGGUGUAUCAAAGUGCUGUGAAUAGAAGGAACUAUUUACUAAAGUACAGGUGAAUCUGCAAAUUUGCCAAAUGUGGCUAUUUUCACCCAAAACUUGAAACUUACAUUCCAACAAUUUGUAAUUUUUUUUAUUAAAGUGGUAAUAUGUAAUCAGAUCUCCAGUCCUCUCGUCAUAUGUACAUACAGAUAAUCUGAAAUGCCAUCGCUGGUUUCCUAGCGGCCAUAUGUUAAAUUUAGGUGAGAGGCCAUCGGUUGGGCGGUGUCUGCUUGUCUUGUGUUUUCACAGAAGCUGACUCCCUUACAGUGGAGAUAAACUGCUCUAAGGGAAGUGGUAACCCAGUAGUCAGGGCCUCUGCGAUGAACUGUUUGUGUGCUGACACUUUGAAUGCAAAAACCUGUUACCGGGCUAGAUGCUCAAGGCUUUUCGAGGGAUAUAAUUGAAUCUGGUGUCUGGAGAUCAUCUAGUCACUUUCACAUCCCUGAGCAUAAUGGGAUUUUUAGUCCACACUAACUACUCCUUCUAUUGCCCUCCUAUCUCCCCUGCUGGGAGGGUUUCUGGCCUUUUAACUGUUAAUGACAGAAUGGAAGCCUGGAUUCAUGAUUUAGCUCCAAAUCUUGGAUCUAUAGAAUCAGUAACUUGUAUAUUUAGUCUCUCGCAGACUAUGUAACGUGUAUCCUGAGUGUCAAGAAUUGUCUGAAUACAGUACUAGGGAGUCUAUUCACGAAACGGUGAAUUUAAACCAAAAUGGCAGUUCAGGACAAAAAUGCAUAAACUCCCCAAUUCGACUGUAGCAAGGUUUUUUUUUUUUUUUUAUUAUUAUAAAAUUACCUUCUCAGUUCAUCGUGAAUUAUUUUACUGUAUAUUUAGUUGCUAAAUUUCAAACCAUUGUGAAUUGACCUCUGUACGUGGAAAACUUGCCCACCUGUGACGGGGAUGGAAAAUGUUCCAAAACCACAAUGUCUCCGUGCAAAACCUGCAAUUCUAACUUCAGGUCUGUUUGUUUGAAGGGUGGAGAUCCUUUGCAAACAUUCUCAUUUUCCCUCUAUUUCCACCAAAUGGCUCUGAACGUUGCCCACCCCCAGAUCUGUCACGAUGAUGUGCCAAAUGGCUUAUAUUUUUGUGGGCUUUUUAGUCUUCUGAUUACACUUAAUGUACAUCCUUCUAAAAAGAAAUGGUGCUCUAACCUUUGGCAUUACAUUGUGUGGGUGCUGCAUAGGUUUCUGAAUUUCCCAUGAGUCUCAGACUAGCUGAGCAUUAUAGGGGAUGUCAUGAAGAAACUGGUUAUCUUUAUGAAUGUGGUUUUAUUGAAAUCUUCUGAAUUCUUAAAUGGAUUUAUUUCUCUUUAGACUCCGGCAGAGUUUAUUUGCCUUGUCUUAUCACUACAACACAUCCCGACUCUCCUGAAUUUCUCAAUUUCUGCUCUGCUGAUAUCUGAAAAUGGUUGGAUUCAAGCCCACCGACGUGCCCCCUACAGCCGCCGUGAAGUUUAUUGGCGCAGGUACGGCAGCCUGCAUCGCUGACCUGUUCACCUUCCCUCUGGACACUGCCAAAGUCAGGCUUCAGGUAAGUGGCUUUUCAUAGUGAACCCAAACUAGGCCUGAAUGAUGUGAGUUUAAUAGACUGCUUGAGAUGUGCAGUUUGAUAUGCUCAUCUUGAGGAGAACCAUGCUGUGUUAAAUACCAAAGGGUUAAUGCUUGUGCUGUCAUAGUUGCGUUUUUGUUUUUUAAUUUUUGCAAACUGGUGCAGAACAGACUAUUCUAUGUAAAGAUGUCUCGAGUCUUAUUUGUAAAUCAAAUCAUUUUUGUAAUCUCUGCAGAUCCAGGGUGAGACAAAGAUACCAUCGAACUUGAAGUCUGCCCAGUACAAGGGCGUCUUUGGCACCAUCUCGACUAUGGUGAAGACUGAAGGUCCGAAAAGCCUGUACAAUGGCCUGGUGGCUGGUCUGCAGCGCCAGAUGAGCUUUGCGUCUGUCCGUAUCGGGCUGUAUGACUCUGUCAAACAAUUCUACACCAAAGGAUCUGAGCGUAAGUAACCUCGUACUUCCUCUGCUAAACCCAAUGCUGUUUAUUGCUGCCAUGGACACCACUAUUGAGUGACUUCAUGAUUUUCUUUAGCGCCAUUUAUGAAAGUAUAACUUCGAAGAAGGACAAAGUAUCAUUUUACAGACUACGCACUUCUCAAAGUUUUUAGUCCUGUUACAGGCUUUUAUUGCACCAAAGUAGUUAAUUCAUACACUUGGCGCUUCUUCGGUAAGAAGGAUGGUGUCUCCAUGAGGCUGUCCCCUCAAUGAUAACUUGGGGAAAAAUUACUUGCAUUUGAUGUAGCUGAAUAAUUUAGUAAAUGCAGUAAAAGUUAAUACUUUGUUUCUAUAGAAAGUAAUUAUAAAUCCUAUGUCUGUUGAAAGACCAUUCCUACUAGCCUAGUGCCAUACAAUGCCAUAGCAGCAGCACAGUAAUGUGAUCCAGGUCAUGGUUUGUAGUUCUGGAUCAUUGCUCUGAUUACCUAGUAAUGCAUCAAACAGGCCAUUGUCGUGUCCUUGUGUACCACGUCUAACUUGUUCUCUGGUCUCUUUGCAGAUGUUGGCAUUGGAAGCAGGCUGCUGGCUGGGUGCACCACUGGUGCAAUGGCCGUGGCGGUGGCUCAGCCCACAGAUGUGGUGAAAGUGCGUUUUCAGGCUCAGGCCAAUGCGUCGACAAGCAGGCGUUACAAGGGUACCAUGGAUGCCUACAAAACAAUCGCCAAAGAAGAAGGCAUGCGCGGCCUCUGGAAAGGUUUGUGUUAAAUAAGACUGCACCAUGUAUACCAGGGUGGUAGCAAGGUACCCAGCUAUUGAAUGUUUGGUUCCAUGAUGCAAGUUGUAGUCCUGAACUAGAAUAGACAAAUCUGGUAGAACUUAUCAAAAUGUGUCUGAAUGAUGCAAUUUAGGAAAAUGGGAGAUUUCUCUCUAAAUAUGCCAAUCUAUAACUCACUCGUUUCCUUUAGGUACUGGACCCAAUAUCACCAGAAAUGCUAUUGUCAACUGCACAGAGCUGGUGACCUAUGAUCUGAUCAAGGAUGCUCUGCUCAAAUCCAAUCUAAUGACAGGUGAGUGACAUAGGUUCUUGUGUACAAAGCAUCAAAGCCCUUUCAGAUCCUAAUAUCCCUUAUUUGGGGGUACAUGUAGCUCUAGGAUUGGUGAUGAGUCACUGUGUAUACCUGUCACUCCUGGUUUGAUGGUUUCCCAUGAUGCUCCACUAGGCCAAGGAAGAUACAUCCUUAAAGUUAACAUGUCAUUCAAUAAAUGGAGCUUCGGCUCCAAUAGCCCCAUGUUAAUCUGACCUUGGCAGGGUGCUCUACAGAGGUAAAUGUAAAGUUGAUCACCAUUUUUACAAACCUCAGUCCUGAACUUGCCAUAUUAUACAGACUCCUGCCUGAGGGUAAAAUAGAUCUGGAUACUCCCAGUAACCUUUUUGGAAAGAGCAGCUUAACGUGAUCCAUAUUUCAAACCCUUCCCACCGAAACAAUUCAGGAGAAGUCUACCUUGUAGAGGUAUAUUAACAAUGUAAACGUUGGGAGAUUGCCAUAUUCCAAAAGGAACUGUUAUAAUAGCAAUCUAAACUUCUUGAUUUUGCUCAUUUUAUGCAAACUGCUGUAAAGUUAGUCUCUCUUCCUCCUUUCUCCAGAUAACCUCCCAUGUCACUUUACUUCUGCGUUCGGUGCUGGUUUCUGCACCACUGUGAUCGCGUCCCCCGUUGAUGUAGUGAAGACAAGAUACAUGAACUCUGCCAAGGGCCAGUAUGAGAGCGCCCUGAAAUGUGCCCUUACCAUGUUCAGAAAGGAGGGACCCCGGGCCUUCUACAAAGGGUAAGCGUUCAAGUCUUCAACCAGUCACUGCUUUGGCUUGGAAUGAGAAAUCCCAUGAUUCCUCCCACUUAAAGGACCUCAACUGCAUGCGUCACACUUUUUAAAACCUAGUACCUGAUACUUGACCUAUUGUGCCAUGUGCCACUUUUUAAGGGUUUGCAAGUUAAAAACCAAAAAACAGAACCCUAAAUAUGGGACCGCGUAGCAAUCCUACAUUUAGAGAAAGCGAAAGUAACCUUGGUAUGAAAUCCUAGAGAUCAAUUGAAAGACAUUGUCCUUUCACUUACAAUGUAAGCUGCCACUCGCCCCAACCUUUAGAUUUUGGCAGUAGCUAUUCAGUUGCUAUACACGGAGAUCUCCUGUCUGAUUGGACAUUGGCUGUGAACUACAGAUUAGUGGGAAUACAGACCUCGAUGUAAUUGUCCCAUUCAAGUAACCGUAUCAAUAACUUGUAACCCUUAACUAAAACCUGAACUUGUUUGUCCCUCUAGGUUUAUGCCAUCUUUUCUGAGAUUAGGAUCUUGGAAUGUGGUGAUGUUUGUAACCUAUGAACAGCUGAAGAGAGCCAUGAUGUCGGCUCGUGUCUCCUGGGAAUCUCCUCUCUGAACAGGCCUGAGGACACAUUCUGCGGGCAUUGUGUUCACACCGAGCACAACUGUCUCUACCUCCCCUUAGAUUGUUUACACUAGGUUUAGAGCUUUUUCAUUUUUUUCCUUUUCUCCACUUAUUCUCAUUUUUAUGGGUUAACCACUUAAGUUUAAUAUAAAAAACACAAAAAAACGAAAAUGACAGUCAAGCCAUUUUAACGCUAUAAAGCUUGCAGUGUGGAGUGCAUGUUUUUCUGAUCUGUGAUUAAAAUAACUCCACCCUGUGAAUUAUUCCGCUUUAUUCUUUUGGUACCUUUUUAAAUGUCUCCCUUAACUUUAAAAACUAGCACUUGUUCUUAACAGCCUGGAACUCGACCGUUAAUGUUUCAGCUUUUAAUUCUUAGCCCCUUGAUUAAAGUAAUGGCCAUUUUAUAACUGUUCUACUAAUAAUUGUAGACACUUAAUAAGGGAACUGCACAUGUUGGCCAGACGAGUUUUAGAAUGUUUCCAGUCCAGUAACUUUGACCAAACAGGAAUUUAAAACUCCCUGUCUUAAAUUAAUUGCUUGUCUUGAAAAAUGUUUGAACUAGCUUUCCCAUGAUGCCUUGCAUUGUCAUUAUUAAAUGUUAAUUUCUAUCAUGGACCUUAAUGUUGCAAUAAUGCAUUGUCAGACCUCCUCCUGCUGACUCUUACAAGUUCUCCAUGCAAGAAUGUUUAAUGUCACAUUCCAAGCUUCUGCUUAAUGCAAAUUCCCGCUUCUCAGUGACUCAUGCAAACAUCAUGGCUGUGUAAGCAAAACUUAACUUCCUGUAUUUGCCUAAAUGCUCAGAAUAGAAAGGGAUAGGCACCAUUAACCUGCUGAGUGCCAAUCUGCUAAGGCACACUCAUUGACUAUUGGCAAUUUUACUGGCACUGGCUUUUUAAGGACUUGGUGUCAUCUGACGUGUAUGUUCGUCCCUGCUCUGAUGUAGCGUCUCAACAGACCAAACUUAGUUUUUUAACUUUCCCUUUUUUUAUGUCUAUGGACCACUUUUGAAUGGUUAACAAAAUAAAGCCUGUCUUAAAAUUCCA